UCACGUCGUGGCAAGACCUGUGUUGUUGUGGGCACCAUCACUAAUGAUGUUCGCAUGUAUGAAAUUCCCAAGAACUUGAAGAUCUGCUGCCUGCGCAUUACGGACGACGCUCGCGCCCGCGUUGAAGGAGCUGGUGGAGAAGUGAUCACGUUCGAGCAGCUCGCCACCCGCAGCCCCACCGGCAAAGGAACUGUCCUCAUCCAGGGUCGUCGCAAAGCUCGCAAGCAGUUCCGUUACUUCGGAGCAGCUCCCGGUCAGCCGCGCAGCCACACUCGCCCUUACGUGCGCUCCAAGGGGCGCAAGUUCGAGCGCGCUCGUGGCCGCAGAACAAGCAGAGGCUUCAAGAAGUAAAUCUUCUGAUACCGAUA